GUUUACAAGAAUGAUAAGAUAGUACUUCCUAAUGCAUUGAGAAUGAAAGCAAUUGAGUGUGCCCAUCAAGGGCAUGUGGGUAUUGGUUCUACCAAAAGAAUUUUGCGUGAACACUUCUGGUGGCCUAGUAUGAGUUCAGCAGUGGAAUCAUACAUCAAGCACUGUGAGACAUGUCUUCUGAUAUCGAAGAAAAAUCCACCCAUACCGCUAACCAACAGAGAACUACCUAGUGGCCCAUGGGAAGUUUUACAAAUUGACUUCUUCACUGAUAAAGAGUUUGGGUUUGGCGAGUUCCUGGUUGUUGUGGAUACGUACUCGCGCUAUCUUCAUGUCUUGGAAAUGAAGCACACAGAUGCAGAAUCGACAAAUCUGGCACUUAAUAGGAUCUUUGGUGAAUGGGGCUAUCCUUAUGUGAUUCAAAGCGACAACGGACCCCCAUUUCAAAGCAAAUCAUUUGUAAAAACAUGGGAGAACAAAGGUAUCAAAAUCUGCAAAUCUAUCCCCUUUUGUCCACAAUCUAAUGGAGCCGUUGAAAGGCAAAACGAAGGGAUAAAACGGGCCAUAGCUACGUCUAAAUUGGAUGGUGUACACUGGAAGCUCGCCCUUAACAGAUAUGUACAUGUUCACAAUAAGGUUCGACCUCUCACUCGACUCGGCGUGACGCCAUUCGAGUUGUUAGUCGGAUGGAAGUUCAGGGGUACGUUCCCUGGAUUAUGGAAAACUGAUGCCCCCGAACUAGAUCGUGUGGACAUUAGAGAGAAAGACGCUUUCUCUAAACUAGAAAGCAAGAUAAACGCAGACUGUCGGAGAAAAGCUCAAGAUUCAGACCUAACUGUUGGUGAUAAGGUGGUUCUGUCUCAAAUGAAGAAGAGCAAGACUGACUCAACAUUUGGCGCUGAAAAGUAUACGAUAAUAGCAAGAGAAGGAGCCAAAAUAGUUGUCAGAAGCAGCCGUGGCGUAAUUUAUUCUAGGAACGUAGCAGAUGCAAAAAGAGCGAUUGAACAAAACGAGGACCGUGAUGAGCAAUUCAACGAGAAUCAUACUGGAAUUGAAGACAUUAGUUUAAAUUCGGAAACAGAAAACGAGUGGAAUGCAGGAAGACAACAAGUGCCUUUCGGCAUGAGAGCUCACCACCAGAACAGUGAAAACGACUUUCAACAAAUACUGCGAUCCGAAGAAUCAUCAAUUGAUAGUGAGAAUAGAUGUCAGAUGGGAAACAAUCGACCACAACGAGAGAAGAAACUGCCAAAGAAACUGAAAGAUAUGGUUUUGUAUAACAUAUAUAAUUAAGUUUGAGUUUGAGCAUUUGUACACUGA